AUGCAGAUUGACUAUACAGGAACAGAGCCUUCUAGUCCCUGCAACAAAUGUUUAAAUGUGUCCUGGGACAGCACGCCACCCUGUACCUGCAUCAUCAAUUUCACACUGGAACAUUCAUUUGAGAGCAAUGUAUUCAUGUACUAUGGACUUUCCAACUUCUAUCAAAACCAUCGUCGUUAUGUGAAAUCUCGAGAUGACAGCCAGCUAAAUGGAGAUAACAGCUCGCUACUUAAUCCGAGUAAGGAAUGUGAGCCUUACCGCACAAAUGAGGACAAACCCAUUGCUCCUUGUGGAGCUAUUGCCAACAGUAUGUUUAAUGAUACAUUGGAAUUAUACCGCAUUGAUAAUGACACAAGGACUCGUAUUACUUUGAUUAAAAAAGGCAUUGCAUGGUGGACAGAUAAAAAUGUGAAGUUCAGGAAUCCUACAGGAGAUGGAAAUAACUUAACUGUGCUUUUCCAAGGCACAACAAAACCUGUGAACUGGCCCAAGCCAGUGUAUAUGCUGGACUCGGAGCCUGACAACAAUGGCUUUAUCAAUGAAGACUUCAUUGUAUGGAUGCGUACGGCUGCUCUGCCAACAUUUCGCAAGCUGUAUCGUCUCAUUGAAAGGAAGAAUAAUUUACAGCCUACCUUACAGGCUGGAAAAUAUUCUUUGCAUAUCACAUACAAUUAUCCUGUACACAGUUUUGAUGGACGAAAAAGAAUGAUCCUAAGCACCAUCUCGUGGAUGGGAGGCAAAAAUCCCUUUCUGGGAAUUGCUUACAUCACUGUUGGGUCCAUAUGCUUCUUCUUGGGAGUUGUAUUGCUGAUCAUCCAUCACAAAUACGGAAAUCGAAACACCAGUGCAGACAUUCCCAAUUAAUCUUGCAUUCUGAAAACAAAUGUACUGCAUGUGCAUCAAGGCCAGUCCAGAAUGGACCCAGUUUUUGAAAGAUAAAUCUCUGCUUCUGUCACUUCUGAGACUGGGUACAUAAUUUUUAUCUAAAGCUCCUUUUCCCAUACUGUGGAUUAACUUUUGAAAAUGACGGGUAUACAAUUAGCUAUAUUGAUUGUAUCUCUGCCUAUGUCAGAAACAAUUCUUCUGAUAUUUGCCUCUAACUGGGCAGGCCACACGAUGCAUAUAGUUCCUGUUCCCUUGAUGCAUCUGCUGCUUGUUCAUGUGCUGUGUAAUGUGGGUAUGAUUCAGUACAUAUAGAUUGUGUGGAGAAAGACUGUUAUAAGAUACUGUAAAUUGUUAACGUUCUGGAAUUCAGGUGUCAGUGCUGUUGAAAGGAAAAGUCAAGUCUUAAACGUUUUUUCAAUUUCCUGUCUUGUGUGCAUGGGCUCUUACAUUUCUUGCUGAGAUUUUAAUAUAUUUAUAUAAGUUGUUAAAUAUUUUUCCUGUGUCCUACCCACCUCUGUUAUGUUAAAUCCUUAAGCGCUGUGUAAA